AAUUCUUCACACAGAGACAACAGGAGCCAGUAGUGUAUCAGUUGGGCCUGCUACGUGAGCUCGGAAGGUGGCGGGGUAUAAUACAUAGAGUCGCCACACUGACGCAAGUGCUUUCGCAGAUUCAGAAGCUCGCGGCCGUGACAUUGAAUGCAGCAACAUUUCACAGAGUGCGGCACCUCCUGCGCUGCACUCACUGCACCACAAGCUGCUGCGGCGUGGUGGCCGAGUGUCGCGUCCAUGCAGCUCGACCGCUUCAUUAUUGAGACUGUCAACUUUAUUAAGCGCUUUAUUAUUGAAACCAUCAACUUUAUCAAACACGACGCGCGGCUAGUGGCCGGCUAGCAGUGGGCCGCUCGCGACGCUCCCAGCUCCACGCACUCCGAGACAUGGCCCGCAGGGGGCUCACAGCGCUGCUGUUGCUGCUGCUGGCGGCGUCGGCGUCGGCACUAGCGAGAGAUGUUACCGACGCUGAGUACGCGCGGUUCCCGCGGCUGUACCACCUGGACGACUACAGCGCGUGCCUGGCGCGGGAGGACGGCCUCUACUGCCUCGGCUCCUUCAACCUCGCGCCACUCGCAGACCACAGCCCGCUCUACUCCAUGCUCGAGGAGUACUCCCUGGAGGCGCACCACUUCAACCGCACGCAGCUGCACCGCGGGUACUGCGUGAGCUCGCGGUGCGCGGCGCUGGCGGCGGAGCGCAACGUGUCGCGCCGCUUCGAGCGCUGCGCGGCGCAGUGGGCGCGGCGGCUGGGACUGCGCCCCUCGCUGGCGCGCCUGCACUACUGCCGCUCGCACGCGCAGGAGGUGGCGCGCGCCCACAGCCCCGACCCGCUCGACAUCCCGCAGCGACUGUUCCUCUACGUGCUCGCUGCCAUCCUAGCGCUCAAUGUGCUCGGCACGACGUAUGAUGUUAUUACUCAUGAUAACCCUAAAAAGAACUGGCUGAGCAGCUGGUCGCUGCGGUCCAACUGGCGCCGCCUCACCGCUACACACGAGGACGGAGACCCUCGGCUGUCUGCACUCACACCCGUCCAGGGAGUCAGGGUGUUGCUGAUGGUGCUGAUUAUGGCGACACACAGCGGCUGCAUACAGGUCAUGCUGUACCUCUACAACCCGAGGUGGAUCGAACAGGUAUCUCGCCACCCGGUCCUGAUGCUGUUUCUGAACGGUACCUCGAUAGUACAGAUAUUCGUGAUGCUGUCCAACUUUCUGCUCGGCUACAAUCUGCUCCUCUACACCAAGGAUCACAAGCCCUCGUUCAGCCUGCUACCGUACAUCAUCAUUAAGAGGAUAGCCAGGAUCUCCCCGGUGUACCUGCUGGUGGUGGGGUACGCGGCGACGUGGUGGCCGCGCAGUGGGGCCGGCCCGAUGUGGUCGGCAUUCGCCGGCGCCGAAAGCGCCAUCUGUCGCCGCAAAUUCUGGACACACGUGUUCUACAUCAACAACCUCGUCGACCCUGACGACAUCUGUCUCGUUCAGACAUGGUUCCCAGCGGUGGACACGCAGCUGCACAUAGUGGCGGGCGCGCUGUCGCUGUGGCUGGCCCGACGCCGCGCGCUCGCCCUGCGCCGCCUGCUGCUGCUGGCCGCCGCCGCCAGCGCGCUCACCGGCCUGCUCGCUUACGUCUUCCAUUGGCAAUCCAUCGUGUACUACGCGUAUCCCAAAAACCUGAACACGAUGUACAAGGGCAUACGAUCGUUCUCCUGGCUGUACCAGGCACCGUGGGGCAGCCUCGCCGCCUGCCUCAUUGGACUGCUGGCGGCGUUCGUACACUUUGAGUUACAGGAGUCAGGAGUAAAGGUGACUUCUCUGAAAGGGGUGAAGUGGUUGCGUAGGCUGUACAGCAUGACACCGCUGCUGGUGGUGGCCUGGAUCCUGGCAGGGAACUGGCUGCGCGGGUACGACGAGCCCUGGUUCACCGCACUGUAUGUGGCGCUCGAGCGACCCGUGCUCAGCCUGCUCGCCGCCGGCUUCCUGCUCGGCAUGAUCAACGGCCUAGAAUGCUGGCUGCAGCAGCUGAUGUCGUGGCGCGGCUGGCACGCGCUGGGCCGCAUGUCGCUGUCCGUGCUGAUGGUGCACUGGUGCAUCAACAUGAACAUCGCCGCCUCCCGCCUGCAGCCCACCACCGCAUCCCUGCUCAGCGUGGUGGUCGAUUGCGUGGCGACGAGCUUCUGCUCGUACAUGGUGGCGGUGCCGCUCACCAUCAUGGUGGAGAUGCCGGUGCAGAGGGUGGUCACCGCACUGCUCAUCCAAAGGGCGACCAAACAGUCGUAGCCCCCGCUGCUUGCAGGGAACUCUCUCUUCUUAAUUGUGCAAUAUUCAAGAGCGAGUGCAAUCGUUCCUGGACUAUACGGUGACGCACGUUUGUUCAAACAAAUGAUGAAGUGGUGUGGAAUCCCAGGACACUGGAGCUGUGUUGUGAUAAUUGUAAAAUGGUAUGUGUAAUGUAGAACAAUGAACCAUUUCGUGCCUUACCUAUAAUUAUGUGAGUGCAGCACUGACUGCCUGUUGUUAUUUGUGUCAAUGCAGAUGUACUGAUGGUGACUGACUCUUUAUUGUAUUCAUACAAUGUAUUCAACUAUUUGUUAUAUAACAUGUCGCAGCCGUAUGUGUUAUUAAAAAUGCCAACUAACUGACUUGCCACCAAAUUAGAAGAAAACUUGAAUUUAAUAAGUGUGUUUGACACGUCACGCGUCACAAUGUCUGUUUGACAAGGUAAAUUGAUUAAUUUCAAGUCACGCGAAGGGCUCAUAAUCAUGAGCAGGGGAUAAAUUAGUGUUACAACAGCUAUGAUACAAGAAAGAUGGAUGAUGUCUAUAGCUGCCUAACCUACCUUAACAUGUAAUGACUUCGCUACAAAUGUACGCCAUGAUAUAUUGCGUUUACUCAGCUGUUUUAAUGUCUUGUACUGCAUUGUUUUUAGUGUUUAUUUGGCAAAUAAGGCUGCGACACACGUAAUUAUAGAACUGUGACGUUAGUGUUAGUAUGUAAUUAGUUUUAUAAUAUAAGCUUGUUAAGAGGGA